GUGUCCUACCAACUCUCUUCUAGAAGCAAUUAGGCUCACCUUCCACCUCCAACCUUUCUCUCUCUCUUCCCUUUCUCUCUCUCCUCUCUCCAUAAAAGCCUCACAACUAACUUCAGAAGCAAGAGCAGAAGAAGAAAAACCAUGGGAAGAUCUCCUUGCUGCGAGAAGGAACACAUGAACAAAGGUGCUUGGACUAAAGAAGAAGACGAGAGGCUCGUCUCUUACAUCAAGUCUCACGGCGAAGGUUGUUGGCGAUCUUUACCUAGAGCCGCCGGUCUCCUUCGUUGUGGCAAAAGCUGUCGUCUCCGGUGGAUUAACUAUCUCCGGCCUGAUCUCAAAAGAGGAAACUUUACCCACGACGAAGACGAGCUUAUAAUCAAGCUUCAUAGCCUUCUCGGAAACAAAUGGUCUUUGAUUGCAGCGAGAUUGCCUGGAAGAACAGAUAACGAGAUCAAGAAUUACUGGAACACGCAUAUAAAGAGGAAGCUUUUGAGCAAAGGGAUUGAUCCCGCUACUCACAGAUCGAUCAACGAGGCGAAAAUUCCUGAUUCGAAGAAAACAGAGGACCAAAUUGUAAAAGAUGUUUCUUUUGUGUCUCGGUUUGAGAAAACGAAAAAUUCGGAGGAGCAGAAGCAAAAUAAAAGCCAAAAACGGAAUCGAAGUAAUGGCUUAGUUUGCAAAGAAGAGAGGUUUGAGUACUACCCAAUUGUUGUUGAGGAAGUAAAAGAAGAAAUAUGCCCAGAUUUGAGUCUGGAGCUUAGGAUCAGUCCACCAUGGCAAAACCUGAAUCAUGAUGAUGAUCAGAGAUCUCCAAACACUGCGUCCCGUUUUUAUAUAGAAAACGGCAUGCAGUGUAGUAGUGAUACUGCAAAAUGUCAAACAGAGGAUAGCAGUAGCAUUAGCUAUUCUUCGAUUGACAUUAGUAGUACAAGCAGCAUUGGUUAUGAUUUCUUGGGUUUGAAGACAAGGGUUUUGGAUUUUCGGAGCUUGGAAAUGAAAUAAACAAAAUAUAUAUUAUAUAGAAAAGGAUAAUUUGUACGUGUGAUAAUGUUUGACUCUUAAUUUUGCUUUUACUCUUCAUCUUUCAUUGUCCUCCAACUUUUGUACAUAAACUUAAAAUUUGCAGAUCAGAAUAUUAUCGUCUCAUCUUAUAUUAGUC